AAUGUGCGUGAAACGAUGAUCUCGAUCUUUCAUGAGCUUUCGAGCUACUCCUGGGUCAAUAAGGCUGUGAUUACCCUUUCGUCGCUUGCUCUAUUCUAUGGUGACUUUUGGCGACUCACUCAGGUCCAACCAUCGGACAAGCUCGCGGAAUCGCUGGCCAUAUUGAAGGGGUUACCUGCAAUCACCAAGCCCUCGGACGUGCAAAAGAUCCAAGUGUAUGGAGUUCUGAAUGAAAUGAUCAACACCACAUUGAGCAUGACCGAGUGCAUCGUGGAGUUCGAGCACGACAGUAAAGACGUUCCCGAGCUGUCCACAGCAAUCGACAUCCCAAGCAGCGUUUAUCAGAUCAUCAUCAGUGUCCUCGCUUGCUCGAUUCAAUUCACCAGCCUCAUCAGCCUCAUCGAUGACUACAAGGGAAAAGAUCUUCCGACCUUUGUUCGGAAAGUGAAAAUGAUCCACCACACUAUCAAGAGACAUUACGAAGAUUACAAGCAAAAAAGGAGGAAAUUAGAGAGUAUCGAGGCUGCAGCGACUAUUCAAUGCCCCUACUGAUAAUGUGGAGCUCAUCAAGGCCUUGGUUUACAUCAAGGACGAUCCUCAGCCACUUUACAUUGGCUCAAAG